CUGCUACGAGAGCUGAAACACCCCAACGUGAUUGGCCUGCAGAAAGUGUUCUUGUCUCACAGUGACAGAAAGGUGUGGCUCCUUUUCGACUAUGCCGAGCAUGACCUCUGGGUAAGUGAUUCAUCAUGACCACCAGUCUGACGACCAGUCUUUGUUCUUUGUUUGGAUGUUUCAUCAACCUGCUCUGUCUGUUGUUUCAUCUUUGUUCUUGACGUUUUCCUGUCUGUAAAGGGCAGUGUACGGUACAUGAUGUACCAGUAUGUAUGCAUGUUGUGGAACCUAGGUGUUUGAGUCCCUUGCUUGAUCAAUUUCUCUACGCCACUCCCUCUGGUCUCCUUUCAGCACAUCAUCAAGUUCCAUCGAGCCUCCAAGGCCAAUAAGAAGCCCAUGCAGCUGCCGAGAGGGAUGGUCAAGUCUCUCCUGUAUCAGAUUCUGGACGGGAUCCAUUACCUUCAUGCCAACUGGGUGCUUCACAGGGAUCUGGUGAGUAGUGUGUAGUACCAGUGUCCCUUUACAGUGUUGCUACACCUGCUCACUGACACCUCAUCCACUGAUCAGUCUUUACUGAUCUGUCCUUUUCCUAUUGGUCAUUGAUCUGAACUUUGAUACAGGCUGCUUUUAACCAAUAGGAUGCAUGCAAAUAAGUCACUUGUUUACUUGCAUAUCUAGGAGCAGCAAUGAGUGGUGUCCACUGCAAAAACGAUCCUAAAAGAAACCCUCUCGCCAGCUAACUGAAUCCUGUUAUGUUCUGGCAAAGGUGCUGUUAAAUCCUUGUACAGUUUAUUAUUAGGAUUUGAAAGCCUUUGGCUGUGGAACAAAGUGUCUCGGCUGGUUAAUGUUGUCAAUUCUGCUCCCCUACCCUCACCAACCACCACCACCCAGCCUGUACUCUAGCACCCAUGUGAGAUUUUCUCCCCCACAGUUUUCCCACAGUGUUUUCAGUGGUGUGUAUUCAUGGAUGCCAAGGGAAGCCAGGCUUCCCCAAAGAAUUGACCAAGAAAAAAAGAAAAUAAAAAUGUGUCUUUCGUCUGUCUGUGUUUCAUAAUUGUCCUUCAUUUCGCAAGAGGCUGAAUUUAUCUCACCGGAGAAACCUUGCGAGCGAGUGAAACAGCACCCCUCUGUCUCAGUAUAUGUAGGCCAUCUAUAUGAUGCUGUCUGGUCAACAAGGGUAUGACAUUGUUGCCACCCAUAGCAUUGAAUGCAAGAGAAGCCAGCGAGCAUUUUGCUUCCCUUGAUAAAAAAAUUAUAAAAUCAUACCCAAUCAACGUUGACCUAAACUGAGUGAGCUCAACUGUGAAUGGUCCCGGUGCACCAAAAAAAAAGUUUAAAGGGAAGCCAGUUUGGAUUUGGCUUCACACCAAUCACAAGCCAAACAUUAUUUACAUAAUUGUUUUUAAUUUUUGCAUCUCUUUGUGGCGUUGUCCUCCGGUGGCUAGCUAGCUAGCAAAAAUUGUCCCUUUCCUAAAUUAGCCAUGGAUGGAGAUGGGGAUUUGGACUUUGGUUUUACGUAAUUAUCUGUCCUGGCCAAUGAUUAUAACGACGAUUCUGAUUUAACCAUAAAUUCAUACAUUGGGACCCUGGCCUGAGAGGAUGGAAGUUCAAUGUGUAGCUAGAUUGUAGUAGGCUAAUGUUAACUAGCUGGCCUGGCACAUCGUUGCCCAUGAAAGGAAGUUAAGCUAGCGAGCAAGCAUUUUAGCCAGGUAGGCUAGAACAACAAAAAUGAAAGUGUGUUGUGUAUGACAGAGUCAUGAAAGAGAGGAGGAUAGCAUUGGUGUUUCUGGGUGAGUCAACAUGUUUUUUUCUACUUGCACGCACGCACACACACAGAAAUAAGUACCAUGGACAGCCAUAUCAUAUUUCGCUUUCAUUGAUUGGACUAAAUUGUUCUUGGUAUCUUAGUUGUCACUGUAAUAGACUAAACAUAGGUGAUUUGAGGAUGAUGAAAUAUUGAAGUUGAAAUGGUGCUGGAAUAGUGGAGGCAGCUCCUGUUUUCUUUGUGACUUGCGGUAACUCUCUGUGGUUCUAAAUCAAUAGUUGUUUAGUAUUCCGAAAAUGUUGAAAACAUUAACUUGCUUGACCAUGCUGUAGUGUAACUGUUUGUUUGUGGGCAGAUGUUGCUCUCUGGUUUUGUGAUGAAACAGAGGUGUGGUUGAAUAUAUUCUGCCACUGUGUCUUCUCAUUGUCUUGUCCUUAGGCCUAUAUAUCACGGUGGCAAGGGAUAUUUACAUUUUCAUUUUAGUCAUUUAGCAGACGCUCUUAUCCAGAGCGACUUACUAACAGGUUAUAGAGCAAACAGCGCAAUUAUCACAACAGGUUGUAAUAUGCCUUUUUUUUUCUGGCUUGGCUUCCUCAGUGAUUUUACUCAUGCACCGCUGCACAGUGUUUUCCUGGAAGGCCAGGCUGUUCACCUACCUCUGCUGGGCUCAUUGUAACGGAAGGUCAGAGUUAGUCCUGGGCCCAGCUGCAGCAAGGUCACAGGGUUGUUCUCUUGCUCACAUUCUCUUAUCUGGCUGUGGAAACCUCAUCAGGUUCUUGCAACACAGGAGCUCUCUCUCAUCUCUCUCUGCAGCUCCUUAUUAAGACGUUUUUUUUUUGUAGCUUGAGAAUAUUUUUUGAUCAUCUGAUUGGCUUAAACCCAACAUAUUAUGGUGCAACUUGGACAUUCUAUGAUAAGGGCUAGGCUAUAUUACAUUGUUAUAACACUGUAUAACACCGUAUAACACCAUAAAACAAAAGCAUAACACACGCCAACUUGCUUAUGGAAAGCCAAUAGUUUGUGUAAUGCCAGCCAGUGUGAGUUGCUAUUAGCGGCACCGGCUGUGUCAUUAUUAUAUUGAUAGCAGUGAACACAGGAUAAUUGCAAUGAGUAGUAGUGGACUGUUGCAAAGAUAUGUUCCUGAUAAGAAAACGCAUCAUGUACGUGGAUGGAUGAACGGGUAGUAGAUCAUCUUAUCUAUUCUAACUCAUUGAUGCUAGCUGUUUGAUGUUCACUCCCUGCACACUAAUUGAGUCAGUCAAAUGACGUGACUUCCGAUUCAUUCCGUCACUGGAGAGGCAGAGCAAAUCAGAGAGUGAAUCUGCAAAUCCCACAGCUACAGGAAUCUUAUAAGGCCUCCAUCAGGCCUUCCCUUCUUAUGUAAUCUCUCUCAGCUCUCCCAGAUGGCAGCGUGGUGCUAAAUACAGUGGGAUCUAUCAAUCAGGGCCUCUGCCUCAGUCACUGGGCCUACCACAUCAGUCUGAGUGGAGAAAUGCAGAGAUGCAGUUUACAGAGCAUGUAUGUAUUGUAGUCAUACUGUUAUUAAUGGCCUGUAGGCUUACUGUUAUUGGUGGGGUUCUUUUGGAGUUGAAAUCUGAUUGAUAACAUUCAGAAGAUAGUGGACCACGCUGUUGAUGAUGGGCAUUGCUAAGCAGUUUAUGACAUGGUAAUAGCGGAUUGCUAUAGUUCUGCUUAGAGAUUCCAUAGCAUAAGCAGGUAUUUAAUGCCUGGUCAAUAUAUGUGGUUAAUGAAUCAUCCAGGAUACAACAGAAUGGACAAAACGGAAAUGCUCUUGUGUGUUUGAUUUCAUGUGUCUGACCUCGAACACUAAUAGGCUUAGGGUUAGUCCUGCCCUAGCUGCCUGCCUGUUGCACAAGCAAGCCUUUAUCUAAGCAGAGGCCAGGGCUUUUGUCAGUACUACACUCUUUGGAAAAAAAAAAAAGGUGCUAUCUUGAACCUAAAAGGGUUCCUCGGCUGUCCCCAUAGGAGAACCAUUUGAAAAACCCUUUUUGGGUUCUACAUGGAACCCAAAAGGGUUUUACCUGGAACCAAAAAGGGUGCUCCUAUGGGGACAGCCGAAUAACCCUUUUGGAACCCUUUUUUCUAUGAGUGUACUGUACAUGGUCAGCAUCUAGCUAUAGCUACUGCUGGAAUUAAAACACACUCCCACAGUAGCUAGUGCUGUUUUGCUCAUUUCAUUGGAGGUCAAACUCUCCUUAACCUGAACAUCAACUCUUCCGGCCCUUAACUAUUUUCUUAGCCACAAGAUGAAUUUCUCAGUUGUCACUUUCUCUGUAUCUGAUUCCAGAUAAAGGUUGAUGUAUUGCAGUUUAAUGUGCUUUCUCAAAGCUAGCACUUCCUGCUAUUGUGGAUAAAGGCCUAUGCAAAUUCCACUCUCAAGCUGCUGGUGUUGGGAAUUGGCAUAUGUGAGUAUCUGUUUUGCACAAUAAGUUUGUUGGCCUUUUCAUUGUGAAAUUGUCCUGAAUACGAAAGAGUCAAGUCCCCUUCUCUACCACUUUCUAGACGUAUACCUCGGAUUUUGCUGUUCAUUGAAAAAUGCCACAUUCCACCCCGCCUGGAUAUGGGGCGGUUUUCUAUCCAUUUUUACUCCCCAGUAAUUUUGGGGGAGGUGUGUUAGAGUUAGGCUAGAGGAGGGAGUACCGCGGGCAGCAUUCCUAAUCUCCUGGGGGAAUAGUUAUUCAAGCGACUCAGUCUUUUAUCAACAGCCACAGGGGUAGAUACGAGUAACUGCAUGUCUUUCAUUGCUCCCUCCACCACUCACUUUGCCUGUUAUGCAACACUCAACCUUGUGCUGCGCUGCAGAGAAACCAGUCUACCCUACCCCUCCUCUCCAGCAAGCCAAGCAGCCCCGCCCCCUGCUCCUGCCUAAGUUAUGUAACCCACACCAGCCAGAGCAGUUGGAUCCCUCCCCCACCAUGCUGACUGCAGCUGUACUCCAAGCCAAAUCUUUACCUGAAUACUGCAAUAAUUCCUAUCUCUGCCAGAAACAAAUGUUUGAGGUUGAAAAUGCCUUAAAGAAAGUCAAUAUGUACAUCCUGUAUCCACGUUACACUGAGAGUAAAGUCAGGUUUCAGCUGCAGCAAAUAUAUGUGCUAGGCUGCUCUCUCUCGCUCUCUCUCUCUCACCUGCCUAUGAUGGCUCGUUUUCAUGACUAAUAAAGGACGUGCCCGCUGAUGUAAUGGAAUAUUGUUCAUAGCUGGAGUAAUCCCUGGCUCCCCGUAGUCACGUGCUACAUGUGCCACUAGGAAAUGUCUAGGAAAAACAGCAUCCACACCAACUGUCCUUUGUCUGAAUAUGUACUGUGUGUUCCCUCCCUAGGUCUAUAUCCUGUGUGGAGUGGGCUGUGGCAGGCCUGCGCUGCUAUAACUCAUGGUGCAGUAAGGAAUGUGGUUCUGAUAGUAGAAUGGUUAAUGCUUGUGUGCCGAGAAAAAACGGGUCGUUACUUAAUCAUAAGACAUGUAGGAAGAAGAAGAAAAAAUACUACUACAGCGAAAGCAAGGUCAAAGACACUGAAUUAAUAAUAGCACUGCUGUAUGGUUCCCAGUACAUGUAAAGAUAGACUUGCUUGCCAAAAACAGGGCUAUUUUUGACUCAACAGGGGGGGUAUGUUUUUUGUGAAAGACAGGCACCUCCUUAGGGAUUGAAUUUUCAGGGAUAUUUGUUUUCCGGUCCCAUUCUCACGAAACCUCCUUACAUUUCUGGGAAGCUAAGCACAUGUUAGAGUCUAUAAAAUCCAAACUUUUGUAGAAAAACAAUAUCAGACAGCAAUAUUACAACCUCAAUUCAGUAAUCAGUUUACUUUUUCAUUGCCCAUUCAUCCAAUCUCUGUUUUUAUGUGAGCUUUUUGAUAAUUAUUGUUCACCUGUAUGGAAAUAUGAUCUCUUUAAACGUAGGGUCAGUGAAAAGGAAUGUCUUUGGCCUGAAUGUAAAUUAUUAGCCCAGUUAUUUAGAAUUUGAAAGAGGAGCCAGUGCCAGUCAUUUGGGAGUGAAAAGAGACCCUCCUCGAGGGAGUCGUCAUUGUGUUUGCCGAUGGCGGUGUUUUGUUGUGUGUUUGAAUAAUAGAGCUCAUUAUUAGUGGGGUUCCUAUAGCAACAGCCCCUGUUUAUUGAGGAGACUGAAUCCUAUGAGUUUAAGAUUCACACACAGACUCAGGGGACUGACAGACGAUUGAUGGAUACAUGAUUAAAUAAACAAUGGGCAGGUAGCCUACUGUGUGAGCAUAGUCAUUGGAACAGAAUGACACACUCAAUUGACGAUGAGUUUUGGAUGUGCUGUGUACCUUUUACACUUAGAUGACAUGAAUGUGCAGUAUGGCUAAUGUAUACUGAACAAAAAUAUAAACGCAACAUGCAACAAUUUCAAUGAUUUUACUGAGUUACAGUUCAUAUAACGGAGCGGCAGUUCGCUUAGUGCGUAAGAGCGUUGUGCCAGUAACCGAAAGGUUGCUGGUUCUAAUCCCCGAGCUGACUAGGGCAAAAAUCUGUCGAUGUUCCCUUAAGCAAGGCACUUAACCCUAAUUGCUCCUGUAAGUCGCUCUGGAUAAGAGCGUCUGCUAAAUGACUAAAUAAAUAAAUAAAUAAGGAAAUCAGUCAAUUUAAAUAAAUGAGGCCCUAAUCAGCAUUCCAGGUGAAGCUGGUUGAGAGAAUGCCAAGAGUGUGCAAAGCUGUCAUCAAGGCAAAGGGUGGCUAUUUGAAGAAUCUCAAAUCUCAAAUAUAUUUUGAUUUAUUUAACACUUUUUUGGUUACUACAUGAUUCCAUAUGUGUUAUUUCAUAGUUUUGAUGUCUUCACUAUUAUUCUACAAUGUAAAAAUAAAGAAAAACCCUUGAAUGAGUAGGUGUUCUAAAACUUUUGACCGGUAGUGUAGGUGUACAUAUAAUGUAAAUAUAUACUCUGCAAUUUGAAUUGUUGGUACACAAACUGUCUGGCCUAGAUUCAUAUUUUUUCAUGCUUCUCAAUGUGUCCGGGAUUAAAUUGGCUAGGUGGUUCUGGUGUCAUGCAAGUAAACCACAGAGCUAUAUACAGGGCACCAUAAUAUCAUGCCUCCCCAAAGCCCCAAAACACAGACUCAGACAGAGAACAUUAUUGUGUUGUUGGAAGCAAUGUCCCAAAGGCACAGGCAUGCUUCAACACCAUGGUAGACCUUGAUAUCAACGAUCAGUAGAAUCAUUGAUGGAGCAAUCUUUCACCGUAAUAGUUUGACCUCUUUUUUUGUCUUUGGCAGUGUGGAGGUCAGUAGCGUAACUUACUUUCCAUUUGGCAUGCUCUGCCUCUGUUAUUUGUAUGUUACACUGGUAUUGCCCAAACCUCCCUUCUAAAAGUCAUUGGACAUGCAUGACAUUUUAGUCUAUUAUUUUAUAAACCUGUGUCAUGGAAAUUACCACCAGGGACGCCUGAUGUCAAUAAUAAAUGAAUCAUUAUUUAUUUUCAGCAAGCUGGAGAGGUUCCAACAAACUCAAUGCACCAUAGUACACGUCAGUCGGGAGCUCCCCCGGGGUAGUCCCGUGUCACGAUCGUUACAGGAUGAAGCGGACCAAGGCGCAGCGUGAUAAGCGUACAUCUUUAUUAAUUAACGUACUUAACACACACAAACAAAACAACAAACCAAACGAUACGUGAAGUCCUAGGUUAUACACCAAAACAAACCUUACGGAACAAGAUCCCACAAUAAACAGUGCCAAACAAGCUGCCUAAGUAUUGCCCCCAAUCAGAGACAACGAGAAUCAGCUGCCUCUGAUUGGGAACGACCCUGGCCAACAUAGAAAUACACGAACUAGAACAAAACAUAGAAAAUAACACAUAGAAAAUCCACACCCUGGCUCAACAUAUAAGAGUCCCCAGACUCUAGUACCCCCCCCCCCCCAAAGGCGCGGACUGCGACCGCGCCAACCAAACACAAGAGGGUAGGGGCCGGGUGGGCAUUCCGCCUCGGAGGCGGAUCCGGCUCCGGGCGUGACCACCACUCUCUCUCUACCCCCCCGUAGCGCCCCUGGUCUGGUCUGGCCCCGCUGGCCGGAGCUGGACUGGACAUCGGUGGAGCGGAUUGCUUUGGCUCCGGUGUGGAGCAGCUGACCGGUGCCGGACCAGGCACCGGUGGAACAGGCACGGACCGUGCCGGACUGACGACGCGCACCACUGGCUUGGUGCGGGGAGCAGGAACGGGCCGGACCGGGCUGACGACGCGCACCACUGGCUUGGUGCGGGGAGCAGGAACGGGCCGGACCGGGCUGGCGACGCGCACCACUGGCUUGGUGCGGGGAGCAGGAACGGGCCGGACCGGGCUGACGACGCGCACCACUGUCUUGGUGCGGGGAGCAGGAACGGGCCGGACCGGGCUGGCGACGCGCACCACUGGUUUGGUGCGGGGAGCAGGAACGGGCCGGACCGGGCUGGCGACGCGCACCACAGGCUUGGUGCGAGGGACAGGAACAGGCCGGGCUGGACUGUGGAGACGGACUGGAGGUCUGGAACGGAGAGCUGACACAACCCGUCCUGGCUGAAUGCCUAUUUCCACACACUCUGUGUGAGGCACCAGCACAGGACGUACAGGGCUGUGCACUCGUACUGACACUACAGCACGUGGCACUGGCGCAGGAUAUCCGGGCCCGAGGAGGGGUACUGGAGGCCACGAGCGUUGAGCCGGCACACUCCGUCCUGGCUGCAUGCACACCUUAGCACGACACGUGCGUGGUGCUAGCACAGGACGUACCGGACUGUGCCGGAACACUCGCAGCACAGUACGUAGCUCCGCAUAACUCUGAACCUGCCCAGUCUCACGCUGCCUAGCCUGAGUACGGGGAGUUGGCUCUGCUCUACCUCUAGGCUCCGCCAACCACCCUUUCAGCCCCCCAAACCUGGUGGCCUCCUCUCCUAAAUCGCAGAUGCGCCCUGUAGCUGCCUCCAGCAGCCCCGUCGUCCAUGCCAUGUGCCCCCCCAAAAUGUUUUAUUGGGGUUGCCUCAUAAUUAAUUCAUCCAUUAACGUUUGGUUCAUUCAUGUAACCGACCAAUAUCUCACGAAGCUUCCUCUCUCCAAGCUGAGACCUAGAAACUGAGAUACCUCGUUUCGGUUCUCAAAGCAAUGUUCUGGGCGUACUGCCAAAUUACUUAUACUGAUAGUGAGGAUUCCUCCCAGGCACGAUCAAUCAGUCACUUGCAUGAACCCAGUCGAACUGGUUAUUAGAAAAGCACAAACAUUUUCCUUCACACCUGUAAAGUGAAUGUAACCUUAUUUCUAUGUUGUGUUUUCUUAGUUGGACUUGGAGCCUCUGAGGCUUCCCUGAAGGCUGAAGCACAUACAGAAGAUAGUUGACUAUUUGUCUCUCUCUCCUCUAGAAACCAGCCAACAUUCUGGUAAUGGGGGAGGGCCCAGAACGAGGAUGGGUGAAAAUCGGUAAGAUGGGCUAAAUGUACUGAAGUCAAUACACUGUAGAUGAUUGAUGGAGCGGGCUGCUGAUUCAGUGAUUAAAGGCUUAAAACUGUCAGUAGGUUGACAGAGAUAAUGUAUGUGUACUUAUAUUAUUUGUAUUCACAUUUUAAUGUAAAUUAAAUGUGAGCAAAACAGCUGAAUGAUGUGACCAUAGAUAAAUGAGUUUGUUGACUUGACUGAGCGUACAAUGGCUACAUCGUUUAACCUUCAGCCAGACUCUGAGAGGGUUUCUGAACACAGAGACACAGGGGCAGGCAGAGGGGCUUAAAAUGGCCACAUGACACUGAUCACACUAUUGCAUAACCCACUCCCCAGCAUGGCACUAUUUUGGGAUGAUGUCACAGGUCUGCAGUCCGGCUGGACUCUAUUUAUACCCUAACCCUGAGAGUCUAGUGUUCGUGCUAAGUUAUUGUUUUAGAGUCACAGGAUCCCCCUGGUGACACCCAUCACACCACACCAGACUUCACUUCGGGUCUUGCACAGACACAGAAGACUUACCCAUAAUAGAGAAUUACCUUCCCAUAAGACUACAGAAAUAAGACCUUCCCAUAAGACCACAGACCCUGACAUAGACUCCAGGUUCUGUGCAGACCUGGCCCAUAAGAUGACUUACUGACAGCAUUGACAUAAACACCAGCAUACAGUAUAUUUUGAUUGGACUUCAAUCCAAAUAUAUAUACAUUUGAUUUGAUUAGCCUGCUCUUGUGAGAGAGAAAAGGCUGUGGAAUUCAAGCGUGGUGGCUUUGACAAGCUAUACAUUGCCAACAAUAUAGCUUGCUCAACAGAGCCAGGGAUCAUCCCUGAAACCAAACACUACCUCCUUCACUGAAAUACCAGGUCAAAGGCUGCUUGGAAUGCUUGUGCUGCUAGUCACUAUCAAGUCUCUUCUGAUAGGGCUCUCCUGGCUUAAGACAUGGAGAGUAGAGUAGCCUUGAGUUGAGGCCGCCCUGUUUUUCAUUGUCAUUAAUUCAAGUUGAUACUAUGUUGUGUUUCCCCCACUCUAUCUUAUUCACGUUUUAGCUGACAUGGGCUUUGCCAGACUCUUCAACUCUCCUCUCAAACCCCUGGCGGACCUUGACCCCGUCGUGGUGACGUUCUGGUAUAGGGCCCCUGAGCUGCUGCUAGGGGCCCGACAUUACACCAAAGCAAUCGGUGAGUCAUUUGCCUUAACAUGAGAGGUACAUAGAAUCUGUUUCUGAACACUUCUACAUUAAUGUGGAUGCUACCAUGAUUAUGGAUAAUCAUUAAUGAAUCGUGAGUAAUGAUGAGUGAGAAAGUUACAGAUGCACAAAGUUCAUGCCCCCAAAUAUGAUAUAUGUAUGAUAUUUAUGCCUCUGUAACUUAUCAAAGCACCGCUGCAACGUGUUAUAUUUUACAGCGAAGGCUGCAAUAUUGUAUAUACAUUUGUUCAUAUGGGCAUAAUAUUUUAUAUAAAUUUUUGAAAUGGGCAGAAUAUUGUAUAAAAUAAAUAAAUAAAAAUGUGCUGCAUUUGUUGCCUUCCUUUUAGACAGUAUAGAACAAAUAAAACAGGGUUGGGAAAAUAACUUGAAAAAUGUCAUCCAUAAGCCUACUAGUACAUUCAUGAAUCAAUAAAAAAAUUUGCACAUAUACACAAAUAAAUGGUAUUUCAACCUUGUAAUAAUUCAUUUCCUUUCAAUUUGCUCUAUAUAAUCUAAUUAUCAAUAUAAUAAAACUAGGCCUAUGAUAUUUCCUUAAAUAGGCCUAGCUACUCAAACAUCAUAAUUGACUUUAGCAAGGGCUGUGCAGAUUCAUUCAUUUCCGCACAUGAGGAGUUUUUUAGGAUAGGCUAAUUAUUAGAGGUUCAGCACCGCUGAUUGUCGGCAGUCUUUCCAUCGAUUGGAGGAGUAUUAGGCUAUAGUGAUCGGCACCAAUAGCCUAUGUAAAGUCUGUAUCAAUAGGCUACUAGUAGCAUUUUUGGGAUAUGAAAAGGAGAAGGAAAUAUGACUGAACUGCGCAUAGGAAAGUGUCCAGACGACUGUGAGCUGAUUGACCAGUAGGCUAGGUAUGAAUGUUCUGAAAGCUUAGUCAUCUGAAUACGAAACCCAUCGACCCCUUUUGGGCCAUCAGCGGAACAAAAGUAUUGUCGAGUCUAUGAGAUGGUACGCUAUUAACGGCAGCACCGCUUUAUCAAAUGUUCAUAUUGAUAUUUUAGGCUUCGCAUGUGAAAACAGUUUUCUUGGGCACACAAAUCCAAAAUGAUGUAUGUGAUUGCAAAAUCGAAUGCUUCUAACUUGCGUGGUUCUUCAAUAGGCUAUACAUAGGCUAAUAGACUUACUUGAUUAUCUGCUGUUGUCUGCUUGAUUUGCAGCAGGGUCUAGAAGAUUUAACCGAGAAAGCAUCAAGGUAAUGAGUUAAUGUUUUCAUAUGUUUCUGUGCGACGGAUUGGACAAUGAGUCUAGGCUACUGUGCGCAAUUGUGUAGGAUAGCCUAUUGCAUACUGUACGCAUCGUAGUACCUUCCACAAAACGUUUUGCUUGACAAAGAUACGUAAGCAUAACUUGCUCACUCACGAGUAUUCACGAUUCAUUCAUGUUUAUCUGUAAUCAUGGUAGCAUCCACAUUAAGGUAGAAGUGUUUAGAAACAUAUUAUAUUCUUAUUUACAAUAAAAGUGACUCCAAAAUGACACAAUGCAUUAUUUACCAUUAAUUUUUAUUGGGCACAACAUCAUCUGAAACACAACCAAAACAAACUGCAAAUGCAUCCAACAAGUUUGUGAGCCACAAGCUUGAUGUAGUCAUUGUGUGUUUUUACUUAAUUUAAUACACUAUACAGUGGGGGAAAAAAGUAUUUAGUCAGCCACCAAUUGUGCAAGUUCUCCCACUUAAAAAGAUGAGAGAGGCCUGUAAUUUUCAUCAUAGGUACACGUCAACUAUGACAGACAAAUUGAGAAAGAAAUUCCAGAAAAUCACAUUGUAGGAUUUUUAAUGAAUUUAUUUGCAAAUUAUGGUGGAAAAUAAGUAUUUGGUCACCUACAAACAAGCAAGAUUUCUGGCUCUCACAGACCUGUAACUUCUUCUUUAAGAGGCUCCUCUGUGCUCCACUCGUUACCUGUAUUAAUGGCACCUAUUUGAACUUGUUAUCAGUAUAAAAGACACUUAUCCACAACCUCAAACAGUCACACUCCAAACUCCACUAUGGCCAAGACCAAAGAGCUGUCAAAUGACACCAGAAACAAAAUUGUAGACCUGCACCAGGCUGGGAAGACUGAAUCUGCAAUAGGUAAGCAUCUUGGUUUGAAGAAAUCAACUGUGGGAGCAAUUAUUAGGAAAUGGAAGACAUACAAGACCACUGAUAAUCUCCCUCGAUCUGGGGCUCCACGCAAGAUCUCACCCCGUGGGGUCAAAAUGAUCACAAGAACGGUGAGCAAAAAUCCCAGAACCACACGGCGGGACCUAGUGAAUGACCUGCAGAGAGCUGAGACCAAAGUAACAAAGCCUACCAUCAGUAACACACUACGCCGCCAGGGACUCAAAUCCUGCAGUGCCAGACGUGUCCCCCUGCUUAAGCCAGUACAUGUCCAGGCCCGUCUGAAGUUUGCUAGAGUGCAUUUGGAUGAUCCAGAAGAGGAUUGGGAGAAUGUCAUAUGGUCAGAUGAAACCAUAAUAUAACUUUUUGGUAAAAACUCAACUCGUCGUGUUUGGAGGACAAAGAAUGCUGAGUUGCAUCCAAAGAACAUCAUACCUACUGUGAAUCAUGGGGGUGGAAACAUCAUGCUUUGGGGCUGUUUUUCUGCAAAGGGACCAGGACGACUGAUCCGUGUAAAGGAAAGAAUGAAUGGGGCCAUGUAUCGUGAGAUUUUGAGUGAAAACCUCCUUCCAUCAGCAAGGGCAUUGAAGAUGAAACGUGGCUGGGUCUUUCAGCAUGACAAUGAUCCCAAACACACCGCCCGGGCAACGGAGUGGCUUCGUAAGAAGCAUUUCAAGGUCCUGGAGUGGCCUAGCCAGUCUCCAGAUCUCAACACCAUAGAAAAUCUUUGGAGGGAGUUGAAAGUCUGUGUUGCCCAGCGACAGCCCCAAAACAUCACUGCUCUAGAGGAGAUCUGCAUGAAGGAAUGGGCCAAAAUACCAGCAACAGUGUGUGAAAACCUUGUGAAGACUUACAGAAAACGUUUGACCUGUGUCAUUGCCAACAAAGGGUAUAUAACAAAGUAUUGAGAAACUUUUGUUAUUGACCAAAUACUUAUUUUACACCAUAAUUUGCAAAUAAAUUUAUUAAAAAUCCUACAAUGUGAUUUUCUGGAAAAAAUAUUAUCAUUUUGUCUGUCAUAGUUGACGUGUACCUAUGAUGAAAAUUACAGGCCUCUCUCAUCUUUUUAAGUGGGAGAACUUGCACAAUUGGUGGCUGACUAAAUACUUUUUUUCCCCACUGUAAGUGAAUUUGUCCAAAUACUUGUGACACCUUUAAAUGGAGUAACCAGAUACAUAAAGUGCUUUCAUUUCUAAACAGUAAAACAGAUAUGUAUGAAAAUACCCUAAAAUAAAUGGUGACAUUCUGUACUGUCGCCUCCUAUAAAACAUUUGAUCUCAAAUCCAAAAUGCUGGAGUAUAGAGCCAAAUUAAUCCUUUAUGUCAACACAUACUGGAGGAGUUACUGGCUAGCUAAAGUUGUUAGCUUAGCUAACGAACUAGCUACGUCGGUCGCGGCGCGCAUGACCAGAAUGACAAAUUGACGAACCACCAAAGGCACACUCUAUUUCUGUUAAAAAAUUGAGAAAGGGGCGGAGUUGGGGCUUUUUUUGUGCCCAAAGUCGAACUUCAAAGCACAUUUUCUGCAAUUCCUCAAAUAAUUCCAUGGGGCGGAGAACAUUUUGUAGUUUUAAAACUAAUUUCAUGCAGUUCUACUCAUUUUGCCAUGGAGUGGAGAGAAAAUGUUGCAGUUUUAAAUCUAAUUUCCUGCAAUUCUACACAUUUUGCCAUGACAUUUCGGCCUCCUGUAGCUCAGUUGGUAGAGCAUGGCUCUUUCAACGCCAGGGUUGUGGGUUCGAUUCCCACGGGGGGCCAGUAUGAAAAAUGUAUGCACUCACUAACUGUAAGUCGCUCUGGAUAAGAGCGUCUACUAAAUAACUAAAAUCUAAAUGUAAAUGUACUUGUGCCAUAUUCAUAUGAUCUGUGUGAGAGUGACUAACAAAAUCAAUGUGGGCCCCCUGGAGGUCACGGCCCCUGGGCACAUGGCCUGCGUGCCCGUUCGGUAAUUUGGUGAUGAUUACUACAAGGUUUAAAUAGCUGGCUAGACUACUUUACAUUGCAAUCCCAAAAAUAUUAGCUGAGGGACUGUCAGUGACUUACAUAACAAGUGGAAAACUGCUGAUGCACUACCAAAUGUUGAAAUUGCACCUUGUGUAUUCUACUUUUCUAACAAUCAAAGUUGAGACCACGACUGAGUUCCUAAGAAAAAAGAUGGGGCCUCCUAUUGGCCGCGUGGCCCUACGCGCAGCACUUAGUCUGCGUAUAGGAAGAGGCGGCUCUGCUCAGAGCCAUAUAAACAGCUUUAGUAAGCCUCAGUAUACAUGGGCAUUCACAUGUGGACAUUCACAUAUACAGUACCAUGUGGGUGUCGUUGACUGCUGGGCCUGACAGGCAGUGAGAUGCAUGGUCUUUAACUGCAUGAGGGGUGUGUCUUCUUGUGUAUAAUUAGCUAGAUGACAUCCCAGGAAUACUUGCCUGGGAAUGGCAAAUAUAAAUGGCAUAUACGGUGUCUUGCAAAAGUAUUCAGACCCCUUAGAUUUCUUCAUUUUAUUGUGGGAUUCAUAUGGAUUUAAUUGUCAUUUUUUGUCAACACUCUACACAAAAUACUCUAAUGUCAAAGUGGAAGAAAAAUGUAAAUAAGAAAUAAGAGUUAAUACAAAUAUAAUAAAUCAAAUAUAGUCGUUGCAUAAGUAUUCAGCUUCCCGAGUACAUACAUGUUAGAAACACCUUUCUGAGUAAGUCUCUACCUGGAUUGUGCCAUAUUUGCCUAUUAUUAUUAUUUUUUUAUUCUUCAAGCUCUUUUAAAGUCUUGCCUUAGUAUUUCAAGCAGAUUUAAGUCAAAACUGUAAAACUGGCCACUUAGGAACAUUCACGGCCUUCUUGGUAAGCAACUCCAGUGUAGAUUUGGCCUUGUGUUGUAGGUUAUUGUCCUGCUGAAAGGUGAAUUACUCUCCCAGUGUCUGGUGUAAAGCAGACUGAAGCAGGUUUGCUCUAGGAUUUUGCCUGUGCUUAGCACUAUCCCAUUUCUUUUUAUCCUGAAAAACUCCCCAGUAUGUGAUGUGAUGUCAAGUAUACCCACAACAUGAUGCAGCCAACACCAUGCUUGAAAAUAAGAAGUUACUCAGUGAUGUGUUGUGUUGGAUUUGCCCCAAAUAGGGCUUUGCAUUUAGGCCAAAAAGUAUUACUUUAGUACCUUGUUGCAUACAAGAUGCAUGUUUUGGAAUAUUUGUAUAUUUGUGUUCUUCUUUUCACUCUGUCAUUUAGGUCAUUAUUGUGGAGUCACUACAAUGUUGUUGAUCCAUCCUCAGUUCUCUACCAUCACCAUGCACACUCUUGGCAUUCUCUCAACCAGCUUCAUGAGGUAGUCACCUGGAAUGCAUUUCAAUUAACAGGUGUGCCUUCUUAAAAGUUAAUUUGUGGAAUUUAUUUCCUUCUUAAUGCGUUUGAGCCAAUCAGUUGUGUUGUGACAAGGUAGGGGUGGUAUAUAGAAGAUAGCCCUAUUUGGUAAAAGACCAAGUCCAUAUUUUGGCAAGAACAGCUCAAAUAAGCAAAGAAACGACAGUCCAAUAUUACUUUAAGACAUGAAGGUCAGUCAACCCGGAAAAUUUCAAGACCUUUGAAAGUUUCUUCAAGUCCAGUCGCAAAAACCAUCAAGCGCUAUGAUGAAACUGGCUCUCAUGAGGACCGCCACAGGAAAGGAAGACCCAGAAUUACCUCUGCUGCAGAGGAUAAGUUCAUUAGUGUUACCAGCCUCAGAUUGCAGCCCAAAUAAAUGCUUCACCGAGUUCAAGUAACAGACACAUCUCAACAUCAACUGUUCAAAGGAGACUGUGUGAAUAAGGCCUUCAUGGUCGAAUUGCUGCAAAGAAACCACUACUAAAGGACACCAAUAAUAAGAAGAGACUUGCUUGGGCCAAGAAACACGAGCAAUGGACAUUAGACUGGUGGAAAUCUAUCCUUUGGUCUGAGUCCAAAUUUGAGAUUUUUGGUUCCAACCGCCGUGUCUUUGUGAGACGCAGAGUAGGUGAACGGAUGAUCUCCGCAUGUGUGGUUCCCACCGUGAAGCAUGGAGGAGGAGGUGUGAUGGUGUGGGGGUGCGUUGCUGGUGACACUGUUUGUAAUUUCUUUAGAAUUCAAGGCACACUUAACCAGCAUGGCUACCACAGCAUUCUGCAGCGAUACUCCAUCCCAUCUGGUUUGCGCUUAGUGGGACUAUCAUUUGUUUUUCAACAGGACAAUGACCCAAAACACACCUCCAGGCUGUGUAAGGGCAAUUUGACCAAGAAGGAGCGUGAUGGAGUGCUGAAUCAGAUGACCUGGCCUCCACAAUCACUGACCUCAACCCAAUUGAGAUGGUUUGGGAUGAGUUGGACCGCAGAGUGAAGAAAAAGCAGCCAACAAGUGCUCAGCAUAUGUGGGAACUCCUUCAAGACUGUUGGAAAAGCAUUCCUCAUGAAGCUGGUUGAGAGAAUGCCAAGAGUGUGCAAAGCUGUCAAGGCAAAGGGUGGCUACUUUGAAAAAUCUAAAAUAUAUUUUGAUUUGUUAACACUUUUUUGGUUACUACAAGAUUCCAUAUAUGUUAUUUCAUAGUUUUGAUGUCUUCACUAUUAUUCUACAAUGUACAAAAUAAAGAAAAACCCUUCAAUGAAUAGGUGUGUCCGAACUUUUGACUGGUACUGUACAUAAUGGACAACAUAAUUAUUAACUAGACCAUAUUUAAAUAGAUAUUCAAUGUCAGAUUUGUUAUUGUUAACCAUCUACUAAUCACUGCCGUUUUUACGAGGCUUUCAAAAAGCUCCCUGGUCUUUGUAGUUUUUAAAAAUUUGUAUUUAUAUCGCUCUUAUCCAAAACGACUUACAGGAGCAAUUAGGGUUAAGUGCCUUGCUCAAGGGCACCGACAGAUUUUUCACCUAGUAGGCUCGGGGAUUAGAACCAGCGACCUUUCGGUUACUGGCACAACGCUCUUAACCACUAAGCUACCUGCCGCCCCUAGUUGAAUCUGUGCUUGAAAUUCAAUACUUGACUGAGGGACCUUACAGAUGUUGCAUGUAUGGGGACAGAGGAAGGGUUAUGUCAACCCCUAUUAUUUCCCACAGAGUGAGUCCAUGUAACGUUUUAUGUGAUUUGUUAAGCCAACUUUUACUCCUGAACAAAGUUAGGCUUGCCUAAACAAAGGAGCUGAAUACUUAUACUAUAUUUUAGUUAUUGCAUUUUUUAUUAAUAAAAAAAUUAAAUAUUAUUUCACUUUGACAUUACAUAGUAUUUUGUGUAUAUUGUUGACAAAAAAAAUCAAUUAAAUUCAUUUUAAUCCCACUUUAUAACACAAGAAAUCCAAGGGGUCUGAAUACUUUUGAAGGCAAAAGUUCACCCAUAAAAGGAUUCAUUCAUUCAAGGUUUAUACAAAUAUGUCCAUUCAAUAGAGAAUUCAGUCAGAAAAACAAUAGUCCCAACCCGAUGGCUCUACCAUAUAUGGUUCAAACGUUACGGACGAUUUACUCUGAGAAUGUAGCAUGUUUUAGAUUGAAUGGAAUGUCAUCACAGGCAUGAUCAAAAAGUGGUCAUUGCUCAAUAGAACUCUGUGGCGCUGCUCCGUGGCAGAACAGCGCUAACUUCGAACAUCAACACACUUAAAAGCCUUAGGCAUUCACUACAGCCAUCACAAUUAGAUUAGAUGGGUCUAUUAGCCACAUGCACAGGGUCGCAGAUGUAAUUACAGGGUACAGUCAAAUUCUUAAGCAGAAUUCUUAAGAGGAAACUCCUGUGACUGUCCAGUCUCAUUAGUGUGAGAGAGAUUCGGAUACACCUUCAAGUUUAGAGGAGUUUAUUUUGUGUCCGUCCCUGCUAAGGUAUAGGCUCAGACCACUCAGUCUAAUUGCUAACUGCUUGUCUAUCUGAUGCAGACAUUUGGGCGAUCGGCUGCAUCUUUGCGGAGCUGCUGACGUCGGAGCCCAUCUUCCACUGUCGCCAGGAGGACAUUAAGACCAGUAACCCAUUCCACCACGACCAGCUGGACAGGAUAUUCAGUGUCAUGGGCUUCCCAGCAGGUCUGACCAGCACACACACACCUGAUAAGACCAUGUAAAACAUGAAGUAAAAACCCAGUUAGAUUCUCACGGUCAUGAAAGUCAUGAUGUAUAGUAUUUGGUAAAGUCAUCAUCAACCUUGUCCUUCUCAUGUACUUGUUGUCAUACAAUAUGUACAGUAGAUUACAUUAUCCUCUGAAGGCAGCAAGUAUAAGAAUUGGUUUUAAAGUGACUGAAGUUUUUUUGUCUUUUUGAAUUGGUCAGAUAAAGAUUGGGAAGACAUCAGGAAGAUGCCUGAGUACCCCACCCUUCAGAAAGACUUCAGGAGAAUGACGUGAGUGGAGAAGGCUUGACAUUCUGACAAUACCUGGGCUUUCUCGGCUGUCAAAAGAUACCUGAACCUUUCACACACAUCUAACAUCACAUUUGAGCCUUUCUCUCAGGCUGACAGCCUUCUGUGACUAUUCACUUGCGUUAAAGAUGUCUGUUUUACCUGUGCUGUGCUUCACCCAUUCACAGGUAUGCAAAUAGCAGCCUAAUCAAAUACAUGGAGAAGCAUAAAGUCAAACCUGACAGCAAGGUUUUCCUGUUGGUAAGCACACCUUCUAGUAACCAUUAGAUGCUUGAACUUUAUUGCCAGUUUAUGGAGGGCAUGCUACUGCUACCUUGAUUUACACUGGAGAGUAUAGGAUAAGGACCAAUCUAGAUAUAAGAGCUGUAAAACCAAUAGGCCUAGCUGGCUGAUUGGGUUUGCUUGGUACCACUAGCCUAGUGUUCAUCCACCACUUUUCAGCUCCAGAAACUCCUCACAAUGGACCCCACCAAAAGGAUUACUUCUGAACAGGCACUGCAGGACCCAUAUUUCCUGGAGGACCCCUUGCCAACCUCCGAGUGAGACCUACUAAACUUUAUUUUCCAAACUCAGUCAUGAUCAUAGCCACUCUCUCCACACAUAAACACGUUCACAUCUUCACCAUGAGAAGUCUGUUUGAUAAACUAACAAUGGAGGUCGUUGAUUCAGUGAACUUAAAACAGACCACUUCCAAAUCAUUCCUUUCGUAGUCUGGUAUUUUUUGAAUUUCUAGUUUCCUGUUUUUAUCUUGGUCAGUCUGGUUGUGAUUUGGUUUCUUGACAUAGAUAUAAAAAAAAAAAAAAAAAAUAUAUAUAUAUAUAUAUUUGUACGCACCACACCCAGCUACUCAGUUAUUUCACAAACAACUGAUUGUGUGUAUCCCUCGUCUCAUUCUCUCCUGUAGUGUGUUUGCCGGAUGUCAGAUACCUUACCCGAAACGAGAGUUUCUAAACGAAGACGAGCCAGAAGAGAAAACAGAGAAGGUAAAUAGUUUUGUUGAAAUGGUUUGGGCUAUAGACUAAAGGUGAAAUACUAGGAUAUGCAUCGAGAACCCCUCACAAUCUCCCUCACUAACUUUAAGCGUCAGUUGUCAGAGCAGCUUACCGAUCACUGCACCUGUACACAGCCUUUCUGAAAUUAGCCCACCUCAUCCCCAUAUUGUUAUUUAUUUUGCUAAUUUGCACCCCAGUAUCUCUAUUUGCACAUGUAUCAUUCCAGUGUUAAUACGAAAUUGUAACUAUUUUACACUAUGGCCUAGUUAUUGCCUUACCUCCAUAACAUUCGCACACACCGUAUAUAUAUUUUCUGUUGUAUUUUUGACUUUAUGUUUUGUUUACCCCAUAUGUAACUCUGUGUUGUUGUUUUUAUCGCACUGCUUUGCUUUAUCUUGGCCAGGUCGCAGUUGGAAAUGAGAACUUGUUCUCAACUGGCUUACCUGGUUAAAUAAAGGUGAAAUAAAAAAUAAAAAUAAAUAUGCUGUUAUUAACAAUUGUCAUCAUGCUGUCUAGAGAGAACCAAAACACCUUAACCCUUUACACUCGUGGGAAUUGGCCUAUAUGGAUAGGGAUCAAUUGAAAUGUGUCUUACAGAAGGAAUAUGGAAAGCAUAUGCAUAACCAUGGUAGCAAUUAAAAGGGAACAGUUUGGAGAUUAUUGGAAAAUUAUUAGACUAAAGGUGAGGACAAAACAGUUAAACUGACACAAGACUGAAUCCAAACAUUACACUGUGGAUUUUAUGUGCAUUUUACAUUUACUGUACUUUUCGCCACAUUUGUUGAUAACGAAAUAUGAAAAUACUCAUGAUACAUUCAGUAACAUGAUAGAAAUAUUCAUAGAAAAUGUGGGUAGGUGCAACAUAAGACAAAAAAAUGACAAGGGUUUGAGUGAGAGGUCUAACUGGUUUCUCAAAGUGGCCACACACCUCUCCAAAGUGUGCACAGGUCCUACGUAAUGCAUUUUUAUGACUCAAUGAAGAGUCUUCAACUAUAAGGUUCUAUUUUGAGCUCUCAUAGCUAUGUCGUUGAGGAACUAGAGCAAGCAGACUUGUAGUUGUUUCAUUUGGAACACAGCCCUGCAUCCCCGCCUUUACACAAUUCCUGUUGUUGUUUACACGUUCCAAAAACGCUCCAUUAUAAAUCACAAUCUGGUCAUGUCGGCAUCAUUUGAAAGUGUGUUCUAUUGCCAACAUGGCUAGCUAAGUUACGCCUCAAUAUAUACAGUGAGGGGAAAAAAGUAUUUGAUCCCCUGCUGAUUUUGUACGUUUGCCACUCCAGGACCUUAAUUUGCUUCUUCUUGAGCCACUCCUUUGUUGCCUUGGCCGUGUGUUUUGGGUCAUUGUCAUGCUGGAAUACCCAUCCACGACCCAUUUUCAAUGCCCUGGCUGAGGGAAGGAGGUUCUCACCCAAGAUUUGACGGUACAUGGCCCCGUCCAUCGUCCCUUUGAUGCGGUGAAGUUGUCCUGUCCCCUUAGCAGAAAAAGCCCCCCAAAGCAUAAUGUUUCCACCUCCAUGUUUGACUGUGGGGAAGGUGUUCUUGGGGUCAUAGGCAGCAUUCCUCCUCCUCCAAACACGGCGAGUUGAGUUGAUGCCAAAGAGCUCGAUUUUGGUCUCAUCUAACCACAACACUUUCACCCAGUUCUCCUCUGAAUCAUUCAGAUGUUCAUUGGCAAACUUCAGACGGACCUGUAUAUGUGCUUUCUUGAGCAGGGGGACCUUGCGGGCGCUGCAGGAUUUCAGUCCUUCACGGCGUAGUGUGUUACCAAUUGUUUUCUUGGUGACUAUGGUCCCAGCUGCCUUGAGAUCAUUGACAAUAUCCUCCCGUGUAGUUCUGGGCUGAUUCCUCACUGUUCUCAUGAUCAUUGCAACUCCACGAGGUGAGAUCUUGCAUGGAGCCCCAGGCCAAGGGAGAUUGACAGCUAUUUUGUGUUUCUUCCAUUUGCCAAUAAUCGCACCAACUGUUGUCACCUUCUCACCAAGCUGCUUGGCGAGGCCCAUUCCAGCCUUGUGUAAGUCUACAAUCUUGUCCCUGACAUCCUUGGAGAGUUCUUUGGCCAUGGUGGAGAGUUUGGAAUCUAAUUGAUUGAUUGCUUCUGUGGACAGGUGUCUUUUAUACAGGUAACAAACUGAGAUUAGGAGCACUCCCUUUAAGAGUGUGCUCCUAAUCUCAGCUCGUUACCUGUAUAAAAGACACCUGGGAGCCCGAAAUCUUUCUGAUUGAGAGGGGGUCAAAUACUAUUUCCCUAAUUAAAAUGCAAAUCAAUGUAUAACAUUUUUGACAUGCGUUUUCUGGAUUUUGUUGUUGUUAUUCUGUCUCUCACUGUUCAAAUAAACCUACCAUUAAAAUUAUAGACUGAUCAUUUCUUUGUCAGUGGGCAAACGUACAAAAUCAGCAGGGGAUCAAAAACUUUUUUCCCUCACUGUAAGUCCCUCUUUUUUAAAUAAUUAUUUGUUUUUUAAGGAACUCAGUCGGGCUUUCAACUUACUCUUGAAAGUAAUAGUAUAAUACACAAGGUGCAAUUUCGAAAUUAAGUAGUGCAUCAGCAGUUUUCCUCUCGUCAUGUCAGUCAUUGCAUACCUUAGCUAUUUAUAACUCCAAAUCAACUAGCCCAUGUCAGUUUUUUAGCUAGGUUUUUUAGCCCAUUGAUUUUGUUGUAAUGUUUGAGUCACUCAGAUAUCACAUGAACACACAUAAGACAUGGCAAAAUGAUGGAAGGGGGUCCCAAGUGAAAAAGUUUGGGAACCACUGGCCUAAAACACUGCCUCAGGAUCACAUAUACCGCUGCAGCAUGAGCCUCAGGAUCACAUAUACCGCUGCAGCAUGAGUUCACAUCUUGUCAACUUUCAUCUCUACUUGUGUCCUAUGCAAUAAAGGAGUCAGUGUUUUAGGUGAGGGAAAGGCAUGCCAUGGGAUAAUAAGGACAAGCUGCACAAACAGCAGCAGCUGCACCCAGCACUCCAGAAGAGGGGAGGUCCAAUGACCUCUGGAGGUAAAGGCUCUCCAGUUAGCCUGCCCCCUGAUAGCACGUGCUAAACAAAGAUAAGAAGAGAAAGAAGGUCAAACUGAAGUUUGUCAGGUGUUGGUCUUUAGUUCACAGAGGAAAUCCCAGGCCUUCUCUGUCAUACACUCUCGAUGCAUAUCUUCAGGGGUGCAACUUUCACUGGGGACGGGGGGGGACAUGCCCCCCCCCCCCCCAGUUUUAUCAUUGGAAUGUGAUACAAAACGAGGCAACGGUGUGCUUUAGGACCAUGCGGACGCCUCCAAGUGAUCGGGUAGGCUGUUUUGGAGUGUUUAUCCGGCUGGAUUAAAAAAAUAUAUAUAAAACAAUAAUAUGUCCCCCCCACUUCUAAAACCAAAGUUGCGUCCCUGCAUAUCUCACUAAGCUCUAGAUGCAUAUCUCACUUAAGGUAAAGUUCACUAAUGUUGAGCCUUUCCCCUGAUAGCAGAUAGGCUACAGGAGGCUUUAUUUGGACCAUACUGUUACUGAUAAUGUAGGCUGGCUGGUUCCAUAUCAUGAGUAUCAAACACCAUGUUGUGAAUAUACCAGACCAUACAGAAAGCAGGUGCUUGUAUGACACCGAGCGUAUGAGUGUACGACAGCCAGAAAGAUACCAGUCCCCUCCCCACAGAGCAGUCUCUGCCAUUCCCCAGCCCUGCAUCACAUUAGCAGCUGUUGUCAAGUAGGCAACACCUGAUACAAGUGUUGCCUCAGAGCAGCCGUCAGGAAGGCUACGGUACCUUUCUGCCAACCUGGGCCCAGAGGGUAUGAGAGGGACUCAUUGUUUUCGCUGACCCUAAGGUUCACAUGUCUCAGCCUUGUGGUCGUGGAUAUGUUGAGAACACAGGAGGCUGCUGUGGGGAGGACUGCUCAUAAUGGCUGGAAUGGCGCAAAUGGAAUGGCAUCAAACACAUGGAUGUGUUUGAUGUAUUUGAUACCAUUCCACUAUUCCGCUCCAGCCAGGUGCCACCAACCUCCUGUGGUUGAGAAGUGGUAUGCUGGGCUGAGGGCGUAAUUCCUGUAAACAUCUCAGCGCACUGUUUUUCAAAACCAAACAAACCCCUGACCACAAUAUUGGGUACAUAAUGUACUAACCAGUUCCCAACUGUUGGGGAGGGUGACAAUGAUAGAUCAGUGAGACAUUGUUCAUUUGGCUGUUGUUGAACAGUAAUGUUGUCUUGAUACCAUUUUGUGAGUGAGCAUUUUCCAUAGUGACCUUUUGUACAUUGUGUAUGCAAUGCAUUGUGUAUGAAUGUCUGACUACACUGUUACUCCAAGGAACCUGUCAGGGUGUUGGUGCACAACGGGAGGUUAUUACAGUCACUGUUACUCUGUAUCUCUCUAACUGAAGACUUGUGUGUGUCUGUCCUUCAUCAGAACCAGGCCCAACAGCACCAGCAGACGACAGCUCAGACCCAGGCCCAGCAGCAGAGCGGCACCCAGCAAGCCUCCACUCAACAGAGCUCUGCCCAGACCAACGGUAACACAGGUUCUACGGGAGCCAACACGGGUGGAGGCCUCCAGCACGGCCAGGACCAGGGGCCCCCAAACAAGAAACCUCGGAUCGGGCCCUCUGGGGCCUCCUCAGGCACUGGGGUCCACCAGUCAGAGUACCAGGUUAGAGUUUUUACAGCUUUACACUUAUCCAUAGUGUUACUGUCCAUUUUCAUUGAAAGGAGAUGAAAGGCGAUGACAUCGCUUCAGUCACCAAUGGUUGAUCGCUUGUGGUUGUUGUCUUUUGAGAAGCAUGCCUAAAUUUAUUAUCUAGAGAUUAGAUAUUUAAAUUUGCUUAAUCCAAAUGUCACCAAAUGUAAUUGAUUCAAAAUGUCAACAUAUUACUUCAUCCAAAAUGUCAAUAUAGACCCUUGGGGGACCUGAAGGAACUAGUGUUCCUUUAUUGAUGAUUAAUUUGACAAGAGAGCAAAGAUGCGUACAGACACGUACAGCAGGGUAUGUCAGGGACAUGCAACACUUGUUGUGUAUGUUCAGUGAACAGACACAACAGCCUCAACUCAGACCAGAGCAGAACAUUGUGCUAGCUAGUAGGAAUACAGGUCAUGUUAUAUCAGGAUGAAAAUGUCCUUCCUCUAGUUCACACUAGCCUGCUGAUAAAGGUGUCAGCAAAACAUUGUGCUGCCCUCUCACUGUUGUUCCCCCUCUUGGCGCCUGCUCUAUCUUUGGCUCUGCCCCUAUCAUAUAUAUAUACAGUGGGGGAAAAAAGUAUUUAGUCAGCCACCAAUUGUGCAAGUUCUCCCACUUAAAAAGAUGAGAGAGGCCUGUAAUUUUCAUCAUAGGUACACGUCAACUAUGACAGACAAAAUGAGGAAAAAAAAUCCAGAAAAUCACAUUGUAGGAUUUUUUAUGAUUUUAUUAGCAAAUUAUGGUGGAAAAUAAGUAUUUGGUCAAAAACAAACGUUUCUCAAUACUUUGUUAUAUACCCUUUGUUGGCAAUGACACAGGUCAAACGUUUUCUGUAAGUCUUCACAAGGUUUUCACACACUGUUGCUGGUAUUUUGGCCCAUUCCUCCAUGCAGAUCUCCUCUAGAGCAGUGAUGUUUUGGGGCUGUCGCUGGGCAACACAGACUUUCAACUCCCUCCAAAGAUUUUCUAUGGGGUUGAGAUCUGGAGACUGGCUAGGUCACUCCAGGACCUUGAAAUGCUUCUUACGAAGCCACUCCUUCGUUGCCCGGGCGGUGUGUUUGGGAUCAUUGUCAUGCUGAAAGACCCAGCCACAUUUCAUCUUCAAUGCCCUUGCUGAUGGAAGGAGGUUUUCACUCAAAAUCUCACGAUACAUGGCCCCAUUCAUUCUUUCCUUUACACGGAUCAGUCGUCCUGGUCCCUUUGCAGAAAAACAGCCCCAAAGCAUGAUGUUUCCACCCCCAUGCUUCACAGUAGGUAUGGUGUUCUUUGGAUGCAACUCAGCAUUCUUUGUCCUCCAAACACGACGAGUUGAGUUUUUACCAAAAAGUUCUAUUUUGGUUUCAUCUGACCAUAUGACAUUCUCCCAAUCCUCUUCUGGAUCAUCCAAAUGCACUCUAGCAAACUUCAGACGGGCCUGGACAUGUACUGGCUUAAGCAGGGGGACACGUCUGGCACUGCAGGAUUUGAGUCCCUGGCGGCGUAGUGUGUUACUGAUGGUAGGCUUUGUUACUUUGGUCCCAGCUCUCUGCAGGUCAUUCACUAGGUCCCCCUGUGUGGUUCUGGGAUUUUUGCUCACUGUUCUUGUGAUCAUUUUGACCCCACGGGGUGAGAUCUUGCGUGGAGCCCCAGAUCGAGGGAGAUUAUCAGUGGUCUUGUAUGUCUUCCAUUUCCUAAUAAUUGCUCCCACAGUUGAUUUCUUCAAACCAAGCUGCUUACCUAUUGCAGAUUCAGUCUUCCCAGCCUGGUGCAGGUCUACAAUUUUGUUUCUGGUGUCCUUUGACAGCUCUUUGGUCUUGGCCAUAGUGGAGUUUGGAGUGUGACUGUUUGAGGUUGUGGACAGGUGUAUUUUAUACUGAUAACAAGUUCAAACAGGUGCCAUUAAUACAGGUAACGAGUGGAGGACAGAGGAGCCUCUUAAAGAACAAGUUACAGGUCUGUGAGAGCCAGAAAUCUUGCUUGUUUGUAGGUGACCAAAUACUUAUUUUCCACCAUAAUUUGCAAAUAAAUUCAUUAAAAAUCCUACAAUGUGAUUUUCUGAAAUUUUUUUCCUCAAUUUGUCUGUCAUAGUUGACGUGUACCUAUGAUGAAAAUUACAGGCCUCUCUCAUCUUUUUAAGUGGGAGAACUUGCACAAUUGGUGGCUGACUAAAUACUUUUUUCCCCCACUGUAUAUACACUGCUCAAAAAAAUAAAAGGGAACACUAAAAUAACACAUCCUAGAUCUGAAUGAAUGAAAUAAUCUUAUUAAAUACUUUUUUCUUUACAUAGUUGAAUGUGCUGACAACAAAAUCACACAAAAAUUAUCAAUGGAAAUCAAAUUUAUCAACCCAUGGAGGUCUGGAUUUGGAGUCACCCUCAAAAUUAAAGUGGAAAACCACACUACAGGCUGAUCCAACUUUGAUGUAAUGUCCUUAAAACAAGUCAAAAUGAGGCUCAGUAGUGUGUGUGGCCUCCACGUGACUGUAUGACCUCCCUACAAUGCCUGGGCAUGCUCUUGAUGAGGUGGCGGAUGGUCUCCUGAGGGAUCUCCUCCCAGACCUGGACUAAAGGAUCCGCCAACUCCUGGACAGUCUGUGGUGCAACGUGGCGUUGGUGGAUGGAGCGAGACAUGAUGUCCCAGAUGUGCUCAAUUGGAUUCAGGAUCUACUUUGUGCAUGACACAAGUAAUUUUUCCAACAAUUGUUUACAGACCAGAUUAUUUCACUUAUAAUUCACUGUAUCACAAUUCCAGUGGGUCAGAAGUUUACAUACACUAAGUUGACUCUGCCUUUAAACAGCUUGGAAAAUCCCAGAAAAUGAUAUCAUGGCUUUAGAAGCUUCUGAUAGGCUAAUUGACAUCAUUUGAGUCAAUUGGAGGUGUACCUGUGGAUGUAUUUCAAGGCGUACCUUCAAACUCAGUGCCUCUUUGCUUGACAUCAUGGUAAAAUCAAAAGAAAUCAGCCAAGACCUCAGAAAUUUUUUUUUGACCUCCACAAGUCAAGUUCAUCCUUGGGAGCAAUUUCCAAACGCCUGAAGGUACCACGUUCAUCUGUACAAACAAUAGUACGCAAGUAUAAACACCAUGGGAUCACACAGCCAUCAUACCGCUCAGGAAGGAGACGCGUUCUGUCUCCUAGAGAUGAACGUAUUUUGGUGCAAAAAGUGCAAAUCAAUCCCAGAACAACAGCAAAGGACCUUGUGAAGAUGCUGGAGGAAACAGGUACAAAAGUAUCUAUAUCCACAGUAAAACGAGUCCUAUAUUGACAUAACCUGAAAGGCCGCUCAGCAAGAAGAAGCCACUGCUCCAAAACUACCAUAAAAAAGCCAGACUACGGUUUGCAACUGCACAUGGGGACAAAGAUUGUACUUUUUGGAAAAUGUCCUCUGGUCUGAUGAAACAAAAACAGAACUGUUUGGCCAUAUUGACCAUCGUUAUGUUUGGAGGAAAAAGUGGGUUGCUUGCAAGCUGAAGAACACCAUCCGAACCGUGAAACACAGGGGUGGCAGCAUCAUGCUGUGGGGGUGCUUUGCUGCAGGAGGGACUGGUGCACUUCACAAAAUAGAUGGCAUCAUGAGGAAGGAAAAUUAUGUGGAUAUAUUGAAGCAACAUCUCAAGACAUCAGUCAGGAAGUUAAAGCUUGGUCGCAAAUGGGUCUUCCAAAUGGACAAUGACCCCAAGCAUACUUUCAAAGCUAUAGCUUAAGGACAACAAAGUCAAGGUAUGGAAUGGCCAUCACAAAGCCCUGACCUCAAUCCUAUAGAACAUUUGUGGGCAGAACUGAAAAAGCGUGUGCGAGCAAGGAGGCCUACAAACCUGUCUCCGUUACACCAGCUCUGUCAGGAGGAAUGGGCCAAAAUUCACCCAACUUAUUGUGGGAAGCUUGUGGAAGGCUACCCGAAACGUUUGACCCAAGUUAAACAAUUUAAAGGCAAUGCUGCCAAAUACUAAUUGAGUGUAUGUAAUCUUCUGACCCACUGGGAAUGUGAUGAAAGAAAUCAAAGCUGAAAUAAAUCAUUCUCUCUACUAUUAUUCUGACAUUUCACAUUCUUAAAAUAAAGUGGUGAUCAUAACUGACCUAAAACAGGGAAUUUCUACUAGGAUUAAAUGUCAGGAAUUGUGAAAAACUGAGUUUGAAUGUAUUUGGCUAAGGUGUAUGUAAACUUCCGACUUUAACUGUGUGAGUGUGAGUGUGUGUGUGUGUGUGUGAGAGAGACGCUAGCUCCCUCAACAAUGCAUUACAUUUAAUCAAUAAUAACAAUAAGAGUCAAGUCAAUAAGAGAAAGUAAUAGAAGACGUAGUAUGCAUAGUAAGAAUGGAUUUACAAAUACACUGAGUGUACCAAACAUUAGGAACGCCUUCCUAAUAUUGAGUUAUACCCCCCUUUUGCCCUCAGAACAGCCUCGUUGGAGCAUGGACUCUACAAGGUGUCGAAAGCAUUCCACAAGGUUGAAGGUUUCACCUGGUCAGCCUAUGUCAUGGAAAGAGAAGGUGUCCUUAAUGUUUUGUACACUCAGUGUAUAAAGUGGGUAGUGGAAUCAAUAGUACGUAUUAGAACAGCAGCGUUGACUGUGUGUGCUUGUGUGUGUUUUUAUAGUCAGUGCAAAUAAUCUCUAAGGUGCAGAUAGUCUCUGAGGUACAGGUCUGUGCAGGAAGACAGCUAGGUUUAACUUUUCAGCAGUCUGAUGGCCUGGUGGAAGAAGCUGUCUUGGAUACCCGAUACUCUGAUACCGCUUGCCAGAUGGUAACAGAGUGAACAGUCCGUGGCUCGGGUGACUGGAGUAGUGACUGAUAAAGGUGACAGAGUGGAGAACAUGGUAGAGAGGAAGAGAGAGUGUAUUAUGGAUGAGGAAGGUGAGAUAAAGGUGAUCUCCCUGACCUUGUCUGGACCUCAACUGUGGUCUGUUCAGAGGUGUCUCCUCCUGGCUAGGCCCGGGCCGUGUGGGGUGCUGCUGGACUGACUGACUGACUAGGCUAUAGUUAGCAGGGGGGCUGAGGCUUCAUGUGGACAGCUGCUGGGCUCUUCAAAGUCAAGCCUCACCAGAACAGAUGUAUAAAUAUCCCCUUGCUUUCUGGAUGGGCAGACAGAGUGGAACAGAGAGCUAGCUUGCUGUGGCGUCACAUUCCACGCCCUACUUUUCUCCUCAUUGAUCACUCUCCCCGAGGCCAUAGUAUCCCAAUGUGCACCACUCGCUCCCCCUCUCUCUCUCUGUGAGUGUAGAUAGAUAGACUGCUAGGCAGGCGGCGACGUGUGGGUUGUAGUCAGAGAUGAAUGAGAGUAGUUUGGCAGAGGUCUCCAUACUUCAGGAGUUUCAGCCACGUUCUUCUCCUAUCCCCUCCACCCUCCAUCCAAGCCCCCUGGGUCCCAGUCCAGCAGCAGGUCCUCAGGGCCACUCUGGUGGCUCAGAAGAAGGGUUUCUCAUCUGAAGGCCAGUGACUUCUGCCUUUUUUUUUGCCUUUUUAGGACAUUUGGCCUUAGGCCCAGUCUGAGCUGGUUAGAGUGAGUCACGGUCAGUAAUCAGUCACCUGAUACAGAGCCAGCUUUCUUUAUAGCUGUAGUAUAAGGUGGUUAGUUAGCCCUUCUUUUGAUGUCUAAUGAUGUGGUGGCUCAGUCACCCAGAUCAUGUAUUUAUUCAGACCAACAAAAGCAAUCAUAGGAACCAUUGAAUCAAACAUGCAGCAGGUUUUUGGCAUCAGCCACUGCACGUUUUACUCAGUCACUUGAUAUACAGUAUAGUGUUUAGGAUAUAGAAUUGUCAUGGCACUGUAAAUUGCUCUGAAUUGGGUCGGUAGUCUCUUGCUAAUUCUGUUAGAAAUCCAUGAGAAAGUAGUCCACAUCUUUGGAUACCAAGUAAACAACAGUGGAAAGCCAUGGCAGUAUGUUGAUAAACACUACAGAUCUGUGGCUAUGCCUCAUGCUUUUCUAUUGGACUCAUUCUUGAUCUAUAAAUGAUUCAGCCAGCUUUACAAUUGAUAUGGUACAUUUCCCUCCCUCAAGGUCUCCUAAGGUACAGUUAUUUAAUUAUUUAUUCUCAAACCCCAUGCAAGGUUGAAAUAAGCUGGUAUUUUCCAGUGGUGCUGAGUGAUAAAUAAUUAAUGACAGGGGUCUCUAGCCAUCAAAGGUUUACUAUUUCCUCUCCAUUCUCUUCUCUUCUCUUCUCUCCUCUCCAGCACUCCAACUCCCGCCUUGGAUACCAAAGCAACAUCCAAGGUUCCGCUCAGUCCCAGGGAUACUCGUCGUCGUCCCAGCAGAGCUCACAGUACUCCCACCAAUCACACCGCUACUGAGGCUCCAAGAACUGCUCUCCAAAUCAACAGCAGGGGCCUUUCCCAAACCAACCCUCGACCUCAAACAAACCUUAGCAUAACCUCUCAUCUCCCUCGCGCUGAGCAGACCUCAUCGUGUGUCAGAUCAUUUCAACAACGCUAACAGUAAUUUAUUCUCCUCCUUCAUGUCAGCCCUACUACACCGAGUGACCCUGGCCUCACUUCCACCCAAUGCCCUCACACUUACCGGAGGGCACUGCAAUAUGAAGGCAAACAUAGAAACCAAAAACAAACCCUGCCUCCUCCUAUUUUUUAUUAUUAUCAAGUGACAAUUGGUUGAUACUAGAUUAUACGAAGGAAACACAUCAGGUGCAACUUUGAAUACACACGCCUACUACACAAAGACUACGAACCAUGGCACUUACAAAAAACAUGUUCUUCAAGAGGAAGAAUUGCAGCUCUGUUCAUAUAUAAAUAUAUAUAAAUACUAUAUAGCACCUUUUUCUAUUCAUUUAACAAGAUACUUUUUUUGCUUGUUUGCUCUGUAGAGUUUAAGUUUACUUUGAUCGUUGGUGUUUUUGUAAAUGUUGUUUCGAUAUUGAAAAAGAUGGGAUGAAACAGGAAAAUAACCCUUUACUGUCAUCACUUUCCUUCACUGUACAUGUAUUUACCCUGGAUAUCUAUUAUAUACAGAUAACAAUCAAAGCAAAAGGAAGAAAAUGAGCCAACACUUUUCCCGAUGAGAAAACAAGACAGAAUCUUCUAUUCUCCCCUUGGCUUGG